AUGGCACAGAAAUCAACAAUAGCGAGGGAAAAAACACUUGGGCUAGAGCAUCCCGACACUCUGACUAGCAUGGCCAACCUAGUGUUGAUUUACUUAGAUCUAGGACGAUGGAAGAAAGCCGAAGAGCUAGGCAUGCAGGUGGUAGUGACCCGAAAGCAGGUGCUUGGGAUAGAUCAUCCUGACACUCUGAACAGCAUGGACAGUCUAGCAUCGAUCUACCGGAGCCAGGGACGAUGGAAAGAGGCUGAAGAGCUAGGGUUACAAGUAGUUGGGAUUAGCAACCAGGUGCUUGGGUUAGAACAUCCCGCUAUUCUGACUAGCAUGGUCAACUUAGCAUCGACCUACCAGAGUCAGGGACGAUGGAAGGAAGCCGAAGAGCUAGAGGAGCAGGUUCUAGAGACUAGCAAACGGGUGCUUGGGCUAGAGCAUCCCUCAACUCUGAUCAGAAUGCAAUACCUGUCAUUGACCUACGAGCACCAGGGACGAUUGAAGGAAGCUAAACAGCUGGGGGUGCACGCGGUGGAGACCAGCAAACGGGUGCUCGGGCCAGAGCAUCCCGACACUCUGCUCAGCAUGGCCAAGCUUAUCUUGAUCUUGGAGUCAUUAGGUCAAGAUGAAGCUGCUUUCCAGUUGAAGACAGAAUACGCCCGACUCCGCCGCCUAAAUUAG